AUGGCCGACUUGAUUGUCAGCUCAGCGUACAGUGCUGCGGACUCGCUUGUGGGACGCUUCACCAGGAUUCUUGAGGACGAAGUGAAACUACUGAGAGGAGUGCAGGGAGACGUGCUGUUCAUUAAGGAUGAGAUGGAGACAAUGUUUGGCUUUCUCAAGGACGCGAGUUCCAGUUUUGAUAUGGAUGGUCGGGGGGAGGUAUGGGUGAAGCAGAUCAGAGACCUCGCUCGCGACUCCGAGAACUGCAUGGAUACAUAUUUGAACAACCUUGCCCGUGGCACCAGCGACACCCCUUUCUGGUUGCGGCAGAUCGUGACGCUGCCCACACGCCGCGAGCUGGCCAUACAGUUCCAGGAGCUCAGGUCGAGGGCACAACAGGUGAGCGAGCGGCGGGGUAGGUACGGCAUCCGUGACCCUGAACCAAGCUCAAAAAGAGGAAUGUCACACACGGAGACGGUGUUUCCUGAAGCUGGUGAAGUCGAUGCACACGACAAGGAAUGCCGCAGGAGACGCCGUUUCCUAGUCCGGGAAGAAGAACCCCUCUCGGAGCUCCUGGAGGGUGACACGGAUCUGCUGGUGCGGUGGUUGACUGAGCCAGAACCAGGAGACACGCCACCGUUAGAGCAGUUGACUUGGCCGAAACACGAGAUGAUGCCACGACAAAGCAGUGUUCCGCUACUGGAUCUGGUGACGAAGGAAGGAGACGAGAUACCUUCGUGGUAUAUGCGGCCGGAGCAGGUGACUGAGCCGCGAGACGAGACGCAGCAGCAGCAGCAGAUAUUGUGCCUCGAGUGGAAGGCCGAGCUCGGAAACGAUGUACCGCAGCAACAAGAGUUACGGCUGGAGUGGACUGAGCCAGGAAACCAGGCACCGCAGACACAGCAGGAUCUGCGGCUGGAGUGGAAGACGGGGCAAGGAAAUUCGAACAAGAAAACACCGCCCAGGGUCAUCUCGCUUGUCCAACAACGAUCAGGUGAUAAUCUGAAUCAUGCAAAAAAAGUGUAUGACCACAGCAUUAUAAGGCAGUCCUUCGGUAUAAAGUGCUGGGUUAGUGUUGGGCAAAGUACUCAUCCCGACUGGGUAUUUCAGGACAUCAUAGUAAAUAUGCAACAUUUUCUGGAAGGUUGCAACUAUCUAAUUGUUCUUGAUGAUGUCUCUGAUCAAUCCCUGCUCAGUAGAAUAAUAUCUGCUCUCCCCGGUGCUGCUGCUGGUGGUGGUCACUCUGUUGUACUGGUGACCACGAGGACAUAUGAUCUAGCAAAUUCCUUUUCUCCAUAUAAAGUCUUCCCACCUCUGGAUCCCCUUAUCGACUUUUUCUUUGCUAAGGCGGUUUCCCUUCUUCAAGGUGAACCCGGGCAUGAUACUAAGAGACCAGAGCUUAUUAGGAAUGCUCUAUCAAAAUGUGCACCCGACAUGUUUUGCCUGAAGGUUUUCCUACAUGUCCUCUAUGUUGAUCCAAGUAUGGUGGAAAAUUCUGAGUUAAAUAUCCAUUCUAGUGAAUCUUCCGAAAAUAUUCGACAGCUCUCGUUGUUAUGGUAUAACAGCCUCCCUCUCCGUUACAAGAACUGCUUGAUAUAUCUAUCUAUCUUCCCCAAAGAUGGUACCAUUAUCAGGAGAACAAGUCUAGUAAGAAGAUGGACAGCUGAUAACCUGAUCACAGGAAGAAACGGUUCAUCUGCACUGGAUGAAGCUGAGAGCUGCUUCAAUGUGCUUCUUGCAGCAAAUUUCCUUCUUCAUAGCGACAUCAGUGCGUCUGGUAAAGUCAAGAGUUGCAAAGUAAAUGGUUUAAUUUCAAACUUCAUAUGUGACAUUGCCAGAGAGAAGAAGUUUGUGGAUGCAGAACUUCAUCCAGAUUUGGGCAGCCGGAUUUCUGUUCACAAUAGAAGUCAACUUCAGCAAGUUUUGGCGACAAAUCGGGUAUCCCGUCAGAAGUAUUCAUGUUGGAACAUACAAAAGCAGUCAACUGAAAAUCAAGAUGGUCAAAGGUUGGAUGAGCUUACGAAGUUCUUUGAAAACCUGCCUGCUUUCGCUCGACUGGGAUUGAUCAGAGUUCUUGAUCUUGAAGGCUAUGAUGGUUUGAAUAAUAAUCAUCUGAACAACAUCUGUGAGAUGUUUCAACUAAGAUAUUUGAACCUUCGGAGAACUAAGAUUACCAAACUGCCCAGGCAUCUUGAGAAUCUUCAGCAGUUGGAAACACUGGAUAUAAGGGAGACCAGGGUAAGCUCAUUCGCCACAAAAGUUGUAGUGCUUCCAAUGCUUAAGCAUAUGCUUGCUGGGUGCAAAAGCUCAAAUGAGUACACGGAAGCGGAACCAGUUUCCACAGUUUGCUUGCCUGAUGGAACCGGGAGGAUGACAAAUCUGCAGAUACUCUGCCAUGUUGAUGUUUCCAGCAAAGAAGAUCAUCUGAUUGAGAUUGGGAAACUACAACAGCUUAGAAAGUUGGGUGUUGUAUUCCGAAGUAGGAACAGCAACUUCAAGCAUUUGCUCCAGGCAAUUGAGAAACUGAACAAAAGCCUCCUCUCUCUCUCAAUCCAUGUUGAAAUAACAGAUGUCCACGACAUUAACACAGCAGAGCCUGCAGCAUUCUCUCCACCAAAGUUUCUUCAGAGUCUAAACAUAUGUGGCAUCACCAGAGGGUUGCCUCGUUGGAUCAAGGAGCUCCACUUACUCGCAAAGUUAACUCUGCGUCAGACUCGUUUGACAGAAGAGGACAUAAAAGUUCUUGGCAAGCUUAGUGGAUUGCGCUGCCUCAGGCUGCUGCACUGGUCGUAUGACGAAACCAAUUUGACACUUCAGGAGGAAGAAUUCCAGAGUCUAGUAUUUAUUCGUAUUGAAUGUUCCAACAUUACUGGCAUCAGCUUCAACAAGACCCCUAAGAUUGAGAAGGUAGUAUGGAAAUUCACAGAUAUGAGAUCAAUUCAAGGAAUCGGCCGCCUUCCAAGCCUCAACCAGCUUGAGCUGAUUGGCAACUGCGACCCAAGUGCUAUCAAAGAAGAACUCUCCACACAUCCAAACCAACCUGUCAUAACUCACAAUGAACAAGAAAAUAAAUGGUUCUGGUGA